AUGUCUGAUGAUCUAUCUGUUACGUGUACUGUCACGUCUGAUGAUCUAUCUGUUACGUGUACUGCAACGUGUAGUGAUCUGUCUGUUACAUGUACUGCCACGUCUGAUGAUCUAUCUGUUACGUGUACUGCAACGUGUAGUGAUCUAUCUGUUACAUGUACUGCCACGUCUGAUGAUCUAUCUGUUACGUGUACUGUCACGUCUGAUGAUCUAUCUGUUACAUGUACUGCCACGUCUGAUGAUCUAUCUGUUACGUGUACUGUCACGUCUGAUGAUCUAUCUGUUACGUGUACUGUCACGUCUGAUGAUCUAUCUGUUACGUGUACUGUCACGUCUGAUGAUCUAUCUGUUACGUGUACUGUCACGUCUGAUGAUCUAUCUGUUACGUGUACUGUCACGUCUGAUGAUCUAUCUGUUACGUGUACUGUCACGUCUGAUGAUCUAUCUGUUACGUGUACUGUCACGUCUGAUGAUCUAUCUGUUACGUGUACUGUCACGUCUGAUGAUCUAUCUGUUACGUGUGUUAGUUUUGUUGAUUCCUGGGGUUUUAACGCUACCUGGGUUUGUAAGGGUUGGGUGGUGGAGGUCAGAUACUUAAGUAGAGGACGACGAGGUUACGAGGUACUUUGUAUGGUUUCUUGUCCGCUUGUUGCAUUGGGUGUUUGA